CUUAGCAUGCUACAAUAUCUUGUUUUGGGUUCUAAUAAUUUUUCAUCAAAAUUUCCGUUGAGCCUUUGGAAGAUGAGUGGCCUUCUCUAUCUAAGCGUGUCACAAAAUUCUAUAGAGGGAGAAGUUCCAUCAGAUAUUGGAGGACUGAAAGCCAUUGUAGAACUAUAUGUUUACAGUAACCACUUUUCAGGCAUGAUACCGACCAGAUUCGGGGAACUCCAAAACCUGCAGUCUCUUGACCUAUCGAACAAUUCAUUUUUUGGCCAAAUUCCUUUAUCCUUUGCCAACUUGAUAAGCUUGGAAUUCUUGAAUUUGUCUUUAAAUGCAUUGUCAGGUACUAUUCCUAAGUCAUUGGAAAAACUCUCGUACCUGAAAAGCAUUAAUGCUUCAUUUAAUGGUUUAGAAGGUGAAAUACCCAGUGACGGUGUGUUUGCAAAUUCCACUCUGCAAUCAUUUCUCGGGAACAAAGGUCUAUGUGGAGCACACAUAUUGGAGAUUCCUGGUUGUGCUAUCACCAAUCCUGGACAACAAUCAAAGCUAAAGGAGAUUGUGCUAAAAAUUGUUACUCCAGUGGUUAUUUCAUUCUUUAUGAUAUUCUUGUUGGUUUCAAUUUGGAUAAUGAAAAGACAGAAGAAAGGAAAGUCCAAAGAUGUGGAAAAAGUACCGGAGAUCGGGACUUAUCAAUUUGUUUCUUAUCACGAGAUUCAACGAGCAACAAAUAAUUUUGAUGAAUCAAAUUUAAUUGGUGUGGGAAGUUCUGGCUCUGUGUACAAAGGCACAUUAUCUGGUGGAAAUGUAGUGGCGAUAAAGGUUUUGGAUUUGGAAAAUGAGCAAUUAUGCAGAAGGUUUGAUACUGAAUGCGAAGUGAUGAGAAAUGUUAGACACGGAAUUCUUGUUCCAGUGAUUACUACUUGUUCUAGUGACUAUAUAAGAGCCUUUGUUCUGCGAUAA